GCAAAGAGGCAUUGAUACAGAGAAUCGCAGAGCCUAAACUCAUAGAUUUCAGUUCCACCUCGUUAGUGGCUAUUGGUACAUGUUCUCCUGCCUUUAUGACAAUCCAGACUGAGGCGAGAGACGAUUCGGAUGCACAAUUUUUAAUGCUUUUCGGAUCUGGCGCAUUGAUUUUUCAGCUACCUUUUCUGACUCUAGACUUGUGAUGGAUCCCUCUAAGGGUUACUCGUCACGGCUCUUUCUCAUGUACUGGAGUGAGUAGUGGGCAGACAUUUCGUGACCCCCAUUUACUCAGCAGGCUUUUCCAGCUAAUUGACCAGACAUUUGAAACUGCUUGCCCAUUCGACGACUGCCUCCCUCCCUCCCUCAGUUUGGUGACUUAUUAAAGCAUAAAGUCUCAGACUGACUUACGGAUUGAGCCGAGGCUCGACAGCUUACAAAGCUUGCGAUAGUGCCAAUGAGCGCUUCGUGGCCCCAUCCCGACAUCUGCGAAGUCAGGUGCGAGGCACAUGAACACAGAAUUGCUCUGCUCUGCUCUAAUCUCGACAGGCUUUUGCUACAAUCGAGCAUAAGCUCGCUUUGGAUUUCGAUGAAUUUUACGUGGUCGGCGGCUGUGGUCUACCAGUCUUCCCAGGAAAUAGAGAUGGAUCGUUGAGAAGGCGUUCUGCGACCGCACUGCUCGUGAGGAAGAUCCGCGUCUGGUUGUACAGACUCGUAGAGAUUCCUGCUCAUGGAAUUCUGCAGCACAUGCCACCACGGAUCAUAUGAUGAUCCCGGAGCUUCUUCACUCGUGUUGUAUGGUCGGGAGAAAUCGUCGUCCGGCCCGGCUUCACCACACCGGGAAGAUCCUGGCUGGUGUGCGUGAGCUGUGGUUGAAGGGAACGAGGAGGAGGGUGCGAAAUCAGAUGGCUCGGGGUUCAUGAUCGAGUCGUACGCAGACUUGAUAAGCAGAAAUCGGAGAUGAGCAUCGUCGGAGCUGCAGACGUCCGGAUGGUACUUGAGAGCCAGCCUUCGAUACGCUCGUUUGAUUUCGGUCCUGCUCGCUCCCGGCCCAACGCCCAAGAACGCAUGAAGCUGCGCAAAAUCCGCGCAUGGCGAAUUGCCCACAGACGCAUGCACUCGACCACAAUUCUCGCUGGAACGCGGCCUCGGCCUUGGUCUCAACCUGUGAGCCGCUACGACAUAGACCGGCAACACUGGGCUUGCUGCAACCGUCGAGUGCGAAGCACUCAAUCCACCAGAAUGAUUGAUCUGUAGCCGAAGCUGCAUCUCGACAAGUCGGGGCGAUGUCUCGACUUUCGGGGAGUGCUUGGACUCAGACGCUCGCUCGCUGGGUGCUAUACCUGGGUGGCCGUAAAGCAAGUAAACAAAAAUAUCCGCGAUUUAGGAGGGGCCGCAACCAGAAGAGCCUGGCUGCCUGCGAGCGUGCGUGCGUGCGCGCACAGGCUCGUCUCAAACUUCGAAAAUCUGGACGCGGAGAAGAAUGUCACAGAAAGAUCUGCAGCUCGUUGUUUGCUUGUCACAACUUCACGGCGAGAACGUGAGGAAUGUUUUCUCUGACAGAAGACGGCGAAAUGAUAAGCAGACAGAAUUCAAUCAUAAAAAUCUGUUCGAAUUCUGUCGCUGUACACCCUACAAUUCGAUCGAGCCCCGUAAAGUGCCGGACACACUUGCAAACAAAACCCCCAACACUGAGAAAAAAACAAGUCCUAAAGGCCGCCCCUCCGCUCUCCCCUCCCUCCCUCCCCUCCUCGCCUCAACGCCAAAGCACGCUCGCAGAAGAGCCGGUCUGCUCGUCCCUCCCCUCCUAAGCCCUCGCAGUCAUGAAAAAAUGGGCCCAAAUCCACAAGCUGCCAAACCGCACCCGGUCCUCAGCGUCCUCAGCCAUCAUGGCCCAUAACGCAGCAGCACCAGCAGUACUGCUCGUCCCCGUCCCCGUCCCCGUCGCCAGAAGCACCUGUCUGCUCCCGAAUGCACCUCCCGAAUGAGAAUGUCUCUCCACUCACGCGAUGACGUUUCUCGACAAAGUGUUGGCGUGAUCGCUUCGCAAAAGCUGAGGUGCGCUGAGCUGAGCUGAGCUGAGCUGAGCGAGCGAGAGAGAGAGAGAGAGAGAGAGAGAGAGAGAGAGCAAGUGCACUGGUGCGCUGCAGCGUCAUCAGAAUUCCUUCUCUCUCUUAAUCCUCGCUGCAGAUCGCCAUCGCCAUCUGCUUUCCUGCGCUUCGCUUAGCUCAGCCCUGCUCUGCUCUGCUCUGCUUUGCUUUGCAAGGCCACGUAAAAUCAAGCGCCGCUCGUGGCGACGACCAGGACCGGGCUCGGGACGGUCAAACGGAGACCGCAAGGGGACGAACGGCCGGGCGCCCAUUCGUCCGAGGGGGCCCUUUUGACCGGCUCUGGGGAACGGCGGACGCAGCAGAAUGCGUUUGACAUGUUUUGACCGCUUCCUUCCUUCCCCCCCUUCCUUCCGAGUUGCCACCCGCCCCUCCGCC